AACUGUGUCUGUGAUGACACAAGUGAGAUCUCUAAAGUGAGUGACGUUAUUGUUUUCUGGAUCGCCAGUUUACACAACAAUUGAACUUUACUCGAAUAUUUUUUUAUACGUAAAGUGCUGUGGAAUAUCUUAUAUCUAUCUUAAUAAACGAUUAUUACGUAAUUUAGUGUGGCUUGUUAUUGCGCGAGAAAAGUAAGUCAAUAUAAAAUCUAAAUUGCGUCAUAUUUUAUAUAGUUGUAAAAAAUAAUGUCAUCAUAGUUUUUUUUACAAUAAACACUUUUAUUUUUAUAAAUCCAAGUGAAUAUACGGUCUUCUCCGUGCACAAUCAAAUCCAGUGAUUAUAAAGAAUUUUGAUGAUAUUAGACGAUUUUUGGGAUAUGCCACCACAAAAACGCGGGAGACGGGGGGUUAGUGAUGCUGAUGAUGAGGACGACGACUACAGGCGACGUCGAGACCGUAAUAAUGAGGCAGUCAAGAAGAGCAGAUAUAAGUCUAAGCAGCGGACACAGGAGACAUUUACACGGGUAAAUAAACUGAAGGCUGAAAACCAGAUGCUAGAAGAAAAAGUGAAAACAUUAACGAAAGAUCUCCAAUUUCUUAAGGAAUUAUUUAUGGAAUAUGCGUCUAAUUCACAAGACCCUAAAUUUGAGGGUAUCGAUCUAGAAAAACUCCUAGAAGAUGUGCAAGAUGACAAGAAGGAUUCUAAUAGCAGUAAAUAAUAAGUAUAAGACAAGAUCUCAUAUUAAUAUAAUGCAAUUUGCGUUAAUAUCACAAUUAUCUAUUUAUAUACACAAAGACGAAACACCUCAGUAGUCCAGACCAGACCAGUCUUUUCUCUUGCAUUUGACAACUGACUAUUAUUUCUAAUUUGGUAGCUUUUGAGGACCUUCAGUGCUACCAACUAAAAAAAGUUUUUUUUUAAUAUUAAUUAAUUAUAACAUUGAGAUUUUGACCACUAGGUAAACACUAGCAUAUAAAAUUGGAUAUAUUAUGUACAUAAAAGUGUAACCCAUAAGAAAUAUAAUUCACUGACAAUAUAUUACUGAGAGUAAAAUUUACAUAAUUUACUUUAGGUAUUUGCUAUGUUAAAAUAAUUAAAAAAGUACAAGUUGAGUCGAUUAAAUUUAGAAUUAGUCUAUUGUACAGAAUAUAUAAUUACUAAGAAACAUGCUUUUUGUUUAAAUGAUUUAAGCUUAUAUGAAAUGGAUUUUAGUAAACUGACUAAUUCUUAACUAUAAAAUACCUUAACAAUUUCUGUAGGUUGAUUGAUAUAAAUUUUAUUGAAUAGUUUUUUUAAUGUUACAUAAAGAGGCUCAGGUCUUUUUGCAAAGGUUUUUAAAACCAUAUUGAUUUAAUUUUAUAAUUGUCUCAAAUAUGUGUUAAACUAAGAAAAGUCAAUUGUUAUUAUUUUCGUAAAUAUUACAUUAUGGAUUUUAAAAAAAUAGCUUAAAAAAUUAUAUAAACAAUCAAAAUAUGUUGUUGUCUUUAGUGUGGACUAUAAGUAAAAUAUUUUACACAAAAUUCAAAUAUAUUGAAUAGAUAUGUUAUUUUUUUAAAUAUCUAAUUAAGUGUCUAUUUUUCUUAUUUGCAUUUAAAAUAAAGCCUAUUCAAAUGUACUCAGAGAACUCAUCAAAUCA